AUGGGGUGUAAAUUUAGUAAAUUGAAAGUAAAAAAAAGGAAAGAUGAUAAAAAUAAGUCAGGUAAAAUUCAGAGUAACGUUAAUAAUGAUAUUCUAAAAAUAUAUGAUACUGAGGAAGGUAUUCCUAAAACAUGUAAUAACAUAGAAGAUACUUUUUGUAAAAAUGAGGUUAACGAAGUAACUAACAAAUCACCACUUGUCAGAUGGAGGAAUAAUAGCAAUAAGGAACAUAUAAAAAACAGUAGUGGAAUAAGCUUUUCUGAAGUAAAUUAUAAAACAAAAGAAUUGAGAAAGGAGAGAAGGAGACAUGCGGAAAUGGAUAAUGAACAGAAAGAAGAAAUAAGAAGAGAAAAAAAGAAUAAAAACAAAUUAUUAUUAUUCAAGGUGAGUGACGAUGAAGAGUUUGAAGGGAAGAUAAACCAAGAAUGUAAAACAAAAUGUACAGGCAUAAAAAAUGAUGUAAGAGACAAGGGGGAAAAAAAAAAUGUAAAUGAAAAUAAACUUGAGAACAAUUCCUUUAAGGGCAUUAUAAAUACAAUUAAUAACACAUUAUUACGAAAAAAAAUUCGUAAUGGUGAUAAGACAAAAUCAUCUGAUUCAUUAUCAAAAUUAGAAAGAAGAGCUAUUUUGCAAGAAAAAAAAAUAAAGUUCAUAUAUAAAGGGAAAAAAGAAAAAUGUGUAAACGAAAAUGAUGCUGCAUUAAAAGACCGCCCCAAUUGUGUGCUUCAUAAGAAAAGAAAAGAAAUGGUAACUAGCGCAAUGAGAAAGAACAGAGAACUUUUACUGUAUUAUCAUGAUUUUAGAAGUAUGACACUGAAACAAAAUUCAUUUUUACAUAUAUAUGAGUUCUACAGAUAUAACUGUAAUAUGUUUAACCUCUUUUCCAUAAUGCCCAGUCAUAUUAGGGGAAAUGUACAUGCUUCUAAAAUAUUAUUUGAAAGUUCUUUAAUUGGAAAAUAUAUAAUACUCCCGUGGAUUGAUAAUGACCCAGAUAUAAAAAAUAAUUUAUAUCUGAAAUAUGUUCAAAAUUUUGCGGAAAAUAAUAAAAAGAAUAUAGAAAGAGAUGAUGGGAGUACACGAAAUAAGGAGGUUAACUUUUGUGGUUUGUUCCACAAUAAUUAUAAUAAGGAUACACAAAAUCGUAAAAAACUGGAAAAAGGGAACUUGAAAAAUGAAAAUUAUUUGUUUAAUGAUAAGGCUAUAUAUGUUGCAAGAAAAAGAAAGGAAAAAGGUGAUAAAAAAAAGAAAAAGGAGAAGAGUGAAGAGAAGGAGCAGGAUAGGAUGAAAGGGGCUAGUAAGAAUAAGAGAAAGAGAAAGAGAAAGAAAUAUGUUAACAGUAGAAAUCUCAGCAUGGACAACCUUUACAAUAUAUACCUUAAAAAGCGUUCAGCUUAUAGCAGAAAAUUGCAAAACAAUAAAAAGGCCGUUGUUAGUGUAAAAAAUAAGGAAGUAAAAAAAAAAAAUUAUAUUCGGAAGGAUUCACAAAAUAAAAAAGGUAAUGAAAAUAAUAAACAUUUUACCAGAGACAUAGUUAUUGAAGAAUUAAAAAUUUUGCAAAAUAAAAAAAGUGAUAAAAAUUAUAAAAUUAAAUUAAGAAGUAGUACUAUCUCUUUUGGGGAAGAUGAUACCAUGUUAAGGAAGAGGAAAAAAGAGGACAAGAAAAACACGAAGGAACAAAUGGAAAAAAGGCAUUCCAUAAAUAAAUGUAAGAAAAAGGAACUUCCUGAGAACAUUCAUAACGGAACAUGGAAUCGCAAUAAUGUGAACAUUACACAGAAUGCAGAAAAUGAAAAAUUAGAAAAGAAAAAAAAAAGUUGUAAUAAAAAUGUGUCAAAUAAUAAUAUGAAUAAUGCAAAAAAUUAUUAUGUUUCCCAUGUGCAACAUACAGAAAAAAAUGAAUUCUGCAUAGGAAAGGAUAUAAAGAAAAACAAAAUAGAAGAUAUAAAAAUUGUGAUAGCGAAAAAAAAUAAACAUAAUUCACCACAUUCUAAAGAAAUUGAUAUUUCCGUUACACCUAUUAAUACAAAUCUCGAAUCAAGGGUUUAUGAUGAAAAAAUGGUGGGGAGCAAAUGUAACAUGGAGAAGUAUAAUGUAGAGAAAGAAGAGAUGGAGGAACGGGAUUAUAAGACCAAGACACUGUAUGAAAAAAAAAAUUAUAAAAGAGAUUAUAAAAGGAGAGAAGUUAACGAAAUAAGGAGCAAACCAAAGGACGAGAUAAGAAGCAAAAUGAAUGACGAACGAAAUUGUUCAUCCACUUGUGCAAAAAUUGUUAACAGUAAUCACAGUUCAAAAGUAGUGAAGAAGGUUAAAAAGAAAGUAUAUUGCCAUGAAAUACCGCAUCCACAGGAUUAUUCAGAAAUGGGAAAAAGGUGUAAAAAUGUAAGCAGUAAAAAAUUUGAUGACCUUAAUUUAUAUUCACUACAUAGUAACGGAAAUAAUAAUAAUAAUAUGAUUAAUAAUAAUAUUAAUAAUAAUAUAAACAACGAUAUUAAUAAUAAUAUAAACAACGAUAUUAAUAAUAAUAUUAACAACGAUAUUAAUAAUAAUAUUAACAACGAUAUUAAUAAUAAUAUUAACAACGAUAUUAAUAAUGUUAAUAAUAUUAAAAAUUAUAGUAAUGAUAAUGUGAGACAAGGUAAUAGCGGAAAAAUAGGUAAUAGAAAAUUAGGGGGGAGAGAGUACUCCGGAGGAGGGAUAGAAGAAAAGUGCAAUCACAAAUACAGAUUGAAUGAAAAAUACAUAAAAAAAAAUUAUAUAUUAUGCAAAAAGUGUCAUAAGAGAAGAUGUAUAUUUCACUAUGUAAAUGGUUUUAAAUUAUAUGGAUGGGUAAAUUAUAAGUGGACAGAUCCUGAUGGGUUCUUAGAAUUAAGUGUUAGACAACAAAAAAAAUUUGAUUCUUGGAAAAGACUCUCCGAUUUAUAUAAUAACCCUAUUGUAAUGUCAACUGAUUUGUAUAAUAAUUGCAUAAGGCAAGGUUUUGUUGCAGACUGUUCUUUUUUAUCAUCCUUGACUGUUUUAAUUGAAUAUGAAAAAAAACAUAAAGUUCCUGUUUUAUCAAGUAUUAUAUCACCAUGCACAUCUAACCUUUUACAUGUUAAUAAAACGUGGCCUAUUUUUAAUCCAAGUGGUAUGUAUAUAUGUAGAUUGCACUGUAAUGGAAUUCAAAGAAAAAUAAUAAUAGAUGAUUAUGUACCUGUGAAGAACAACAAUGCUUUAUUAGUAGCAUAUUCAAAUAAUAAAGAAGAGUUAUGGGUUACAUUGUUAGAGAAGGCUUUUGUUAAAUUAAUGGGAGGAUCAUACUCUAUGUUUGGGUCCAAUCCAGGUUCAGAUUUGUAUUAUUUAACUGGUUGGAUCCCUGUUACUAUUUCUUUAAAAUCCAAGUUAAGUAGCUCCCCCCCUUCCUUAGAUCACCUAACUGUUCAUUCGUCUCCAAAUAGUGACUCAGGUAUGAGGAAACAUGAAUUUAACAUAAAAGAUGAGAAACAAAGGAAGGAUACAAAUAUAGAUCAGCGAAACCAUAAAUUAUAUAAACAUCUUACUUAUUGUAUGAAAAAUAAAAGUGAAGAGGAGGGAAUAGUAUCUAAAAUGAACAAAGAAAAAGGUAAGAAGGGAAUUUUUAAGAAUAGAAAAAAAAUUAAAAAAAAUGUAUCAAAAUUGUUCCUUAAGGGGGUACUAAAUAAUAACAGUAGAAACACAUAUAAUACACGUAAUGAAUCUUACUCAAAUGAUUUAAACUUACGUUUUAGAGACUCUGUAAAAUUUGUUGCCAACUUAAAUAUACACCGCUUGAAUAGAAAUGCCAAUUGUUCAUAUUUUAGAGAUACUUUUUUAAAAUACAAAAAAUUAAAAAUUUAUUGGAUUUUUAAAAUUAUGUAUAUUACUCAUAAGGAGAAUAGAAAAAAUGAUAACAUGAAAAUGUGUUCUUUUAUGAAAGGGAAAAAAUCAAAAUAUUUCUUAAAAGGUUUAUUAUGUAACAACGAUGAUAUGACAUAUCUGAAUGGAUUAAAGAAAAAUGGCCUAGUAAUAAAUCGUUUAGUAAAAAAUCGCCAAAUGAAAAACAACCGGACGGAAUACAAUUUUGUAAGAAAUCAUUUGGAAAAAAGAAACUCCAGUGAAACUUAUUUUGGAAACCUCAAUAAUAAGGACAAUUUGUUGGGUACAUCCAAAAUAAGUAGUACCAUUCCUAAUUACAUGAAAGAUAAUAUGAUCAAGGUAAAUUUAGGCCGAAAUUUUUUGGGCGAACAAAAAAGUAAGAUUUUUAGGAAAGAGGAAAGGGAUUACGAAAUGAAACAAAAACAUGGGAAGAAAUUCCAAAGCGAAGAAGUAAGUAAUAUGGAUUUAUCCGGAUAUAUAUGUGGGUCCGCGGAUCAAUACAGUUAUAUGAAUAAAAGAGGUGAUAGUUCAAUUUUGACCGAGGAAAAUGAAGAAUAUGAUGAAAAGUGGGAUGUUAUUUGGAAUAAUAUGUAUGAAGGAAUAAAAAAAGGAAAAUGUGUAGUAUGUUUAGGUACAUUAGAAUUAAAGGAUGCUGCUCCAUCAGGAUUAGAUUACCCAGAAGGAGUAUCCAUCUCUACUGGAAUUGUAACAAGACAUGCUUAUUCAAUUUUAAAUAUUGAUUCAUAUAAUGGGGAUAAAUUAUUAUACAUAAAAAAUCCUUGGGGAUGUGUUAGAUGGAAAGGGAAAUAUUCUCAUAAUGAUGAUGCAACAUGGACCAAAGAAGUUCAAAGAAAAUUAAAUUAUUCUAUUGAAAAGGCAAAAGGUAAAGAUGAUGGUUGUUUUUGGAUCCCUUGGAAAGUUGUAGUAAAAUAUUUUUCCCAUAUCUAUAUAUGUUGGAAUAGUGUUAUUUUCCCAUAUCAAUUUGAAAUUCACACUAAAUGGGAAAACAGCAGUUUUUUAAUUAACUCUAUAUUACUAGAUGAUACACAUCUUGUGGCUUAUAACCCUCAAUUUGCAUUACAUGUGGAUGUAAGAAAACAAGAUUUAUCAGAAGAUGGGAUGUAUUAUAUCGGAAAGAAACCAAUAGAAGUAUGGAUUCUUUUAUCAAGACAUGUUAGAGAAAGAAAAACAGAUGUUUCUCAGAAAUACUUAGCAUUACAUAUACAUGCAGGAAAGGAUAGAAUUAUAUGUCCUUUAUUUCCAAUUAAGCAAGGAAUUUAUUCUAAUGGGGAAUGCACUUUUACCAAAUUAGUAAUCGGUGGAGAAGAUAAGGAGAGUAAUGUUGACCAUGACAUAAAAAUGGGUAAUUCAAAAGGAGAUGUUAUUACAGCGUCUGAUAAAGGGGAAAACAGUGGUGGAAUAAUAUUAAAUUCUUCUAUAGAUAGUGAACAGGAAAUUAUGAGAAACAUCGAUUUUGUAUUAAUAGUUUCUCAAUACUCACAAAAAGAAGAAUUCAAUUUCACAUUAAAAGUAUUUAGUCAUACACAUUUAUCGAUAUAUGAAUUACCACCAUUAUUAUCAGAUAACUAUGAGUCUCUUUACUUUAAAGGGCAAUGGACAAGUGAAUGUGCAGGUGGAUGCUCUAAUAAUUUAUGGUCCUAUUUCAGAAAUCCCCAUAUACGUUUUUAUGUUCCUGAAGAUUCGUCAUUUUGUAUAUUUUUAGAAUGUUCCCAAGAAUAUUCUGUUAAUUUAAGAAUAUUUAAAGGUAUGACAUCUUCCCCUAGGAAAUUAAAAAAAGGAGAAAUCAUUUCAAGUGGUGCAUAUAAAUCUGGAUGUUGUUAUAUUGAAUGUACGUUAGAGAGUGGUAUCUAUUGUCUUAUUCCUUCAUUGUAUAGAGCAAAUAUUACUGGUGAUUAUCAAUUAUGUAUACAUUAUCCGAAAUUUAAACAGAAGCCUAUUCUUUAUUUUAUUCCUUAUUCGUAUAUUAUACCUCCGUUUUCAUUUUUUAAAUAUGAAUUGGUACAUUUAUAUUCUUUAAAAAGUUAUUCAGUAAUUUUAUUUCACACCAUAUCAAUUACAUUAUUAUCCUUGAGAAUUACCUUUUUUCAAAAUAUGGACAUUAAGGGAAUUCCAUUUGUUAAUAUAUAUAAACUUGUAAGUAAUACAGAUUCCUUAGCGGACGAUCUGGAGUGUGGAAAUAUCAUAAAAAACAACUCGUUCAAUUCUCUUAUUUCGUUUAAUAGAUUCAUGUACAAAAUAGUACAAAAAUGUAAUAUACAUGGGGGUCCAGGUAAUGAUAUCCUUCCUCUUUCCACAUGUGCAUAUGAUUAUUACAUUAAAUUUAAUUCCAUAUUAAUUCCCUUAGUUGAGUUAGAGAACGACCGGACCUCUUAUUUAUUGCUCAUUACGACAAAUAUAAAGGAAGACAUUCUUUACAACCACGAGGUGCAUUUUGUGUCAGACAAGUCAAUUUUCAUAGACAAAUGUUACCCUGUUCAUUCUUAA